UCCUGAAUUUGGCUCAGAGGUCCCCUUGAGACAUAAGGUUCUUUUACAUGCCGUAAAGCUAAUUCUUGAAUAUAACUUUAUAUCCAAAUCAUUUGCUGCUGUUUGUGAAGCAUUUAGCAGUGCAGACCAUGACAAGAAGACAAAAAACAAGAAUCAGACAUGUAUCUUCUGAUCCAGUUCAUUUCUUUGCAGGAUUGAAACUGAAAGAGACUGAUGGUUUCAGCAUUGAAGGUAACUGCCCACAUUGUGAACACAACAGCUGUUUUGCUGCAAGAGUCGUUAGUGCUGGAUCUGAUGUGCUGCGGCAAAUGGAGACGACAACCUUCUCCCUUAGCCACCCUAUUCGCCAGAUCUUACACUCUGCAAUUUCUUCCUUUGGGGUUCAUUAAAGACAGAGUUUAUGUACCACCAUUGCCCACGUCCAUCCGUGAACUUCGUGACUGGAUAACGCAUGCACUGAAGGCCAUUACAGCGGACAUGCUACACUGGGUCUGGGAUGAGUUUGAUUACCGUGUGGAUGUGUGUCAUGUGACCCAGGGUGCACACAUUGAAGAAGAAGUUUUUCAGAACUAUACAAGAAACGUGGAGCAGGACAGCAAUGUAGGUGGGGCGUGGAGACAACCUUGGCUGUGGAUCUUGAUAGCUGCUGUGAUUACAGUCAUUACUAUGGCCAUGAUAACAGGAGCCUACUUGUGUCAGCAUCAAUGUACUAAUCUUAUUCUUCUGUCACAACAAGGUGGAUGGUAGGGUUCGGGUGUGGCGCAGACCCCAUGAGGC